CAGGGGCGGACUGACCACUUGGAAACUCAGGCACUGCCCGAGGGCCGGGGUCAGUAGGGGGCCCCAUGAGAUGCCCCUGGUACCUUUUUCAUAGGCUUUUUUGAGUUUGGGCAAGGACACAGGGGCCCCAUGAUCCCCUAUUGCCCAGGGGCCCCAUGAGUUGUCAGUCUGCCCCUGGGUGUCGACAUUGCACUUGUCAUCCAUCAGUGCCAAGCAGUGCACCUGUCACCCAUCAGUGCCCAUCAGUGUACCUGUUGCCCCUCAGU